AUGUGGGAAAUCGUCGCUUCCGGGCAGAACACUGAAAGCUACGUAAAAGAGCGACUCGAGAGAAUCUGCUGCUCCAGUGCCUACGUCAAGCGUGUUAAGGAGACGUGCCAAAUCUGCCCAGGUGACCACGAAAUGGAUGAAAGGCGCAUACGGUGCUCAAGUGUUACAUGCAUCGCGUUAGCCGUGCCCAAGGGAAACAAGAAGCCCAUGUGCGUGAAAGUAUGGAAGGUGUGGCAGUGCCCAAGCACAAAUGCAUGGAGAAUCCUUGGUACAGCAGUUGAGCAUACUCGUGGAAGUGCUGGAUGCGGUGGGGUGCAUCGUGCGGUGAUCACCCCUGCAAUGCGAACGUACAUCGGAGACAUGGAUGAAACUGGUUUGGCGCCGCGGCACAUUUGGUCAGGGCUGCGUCGCUACAGCGAAGCUCCGCCGCUGAACGGGGUGCCUACGUAUGAACAGGUCGCUCGAUGCGUCAAAAGCUUGCGAGCGAAGCAUGGAGAGCGAAACUCGGUUCAAUCGCUGCAGAAAUUGGUG